UCUCCUUGGUUGGAAAACCUUCGUGUGACGUCUGCUCUACUAAUACCCAAAAUCAACCAUCACUGAUUGCUUUCUCCAUGUCAGGAUAGCAGGGUCCUCUCCCUGGCGACACUCGUCGAACCACUGAUCGGCUUUGAAGUUGAACGCGGCCGUCGGCCCAGGACGGUGACGUGUGUGGCCCGCACAUGGUCCCACAAGGCUCGGGCGGCUGAGCGCCGGCCGGCCGGAAGGGACGGGAAGAAUGAUAGACAGACAAAACAUGCAUCUAAACUCAGUCGAACAGCAAAUCGGGAGGCAAAUCAUAUCAAAAGUCAAGAGAACACAGUUUAGCCGACAUUUUGAUAAAAACGGAAAAUUCGUGACAAAUAUGGGUCCGGGUGAGCGAUGACCCGGGCUGCGUCUGCACUGCACCAGUAGACACGGACGGACGGCGGACGAUGCCGGCCGCUCCCCAGUGACGGCGCUCCGGUGACGGCGCUCCGGUGGCUGCUGUAGCUCCAGUGACUGCUGACAUUUGCUCCAGUGACGGUACUCCAGUGACGGUGCUCCGGUGGCUGCUGUAGCUCCAGUGACUGUGCUCGGGUGGCUGCUGUAACACCAGUGACUGUGCUCCGGUGGCUGCUGCGGCACCAGGGACCGCUCCCCAGUGUGAGCGAUGUCGGCUCACUGGCUUCCAUCAGCCGGCGACGUGGACGGCCGGGCGGUCGGGGUCGCCUGUGGGACCGUGUCGGCCGUCGCGCUGCUCUGGUGGCUCAGAAAAGGACACUCGGUCAAGUCCGAGUACUACGAGCGGGUGCGGCGCCGGCUGGACCUGGAGCGUCACCGGCGGCAGCUGCUGACCCAACAGCUGACCACCGGCGGUCAGCUGAUGACCGUGCGGCGCCAGCUGAUUGUGGAGCUGCCGCUGGCCCAGCUCAUCGAGCAGCUGCAGAGCGGCAAAAUCACCGCCACAGAGGCGCUGCGGGCCUACCAGGCCAAGGCCCUGGAAGUCACCAAGCUCUACAACUGCGUUACUGAGUUUGUGCUGAACGCUGAUGAGCGGGCGGCGGCGCUGGACGCCCUGCCAGAGUCCAAGCGAGGCCCGCUGCACGGCGUACCCAUCAGCGUCAAGGACUCCAUAGACCUGGAGGGGUUUGACUCGACGCUCGGGCUGGCCAAGUACCUGGACAGGCCGGCCGCCAGUAACGCGCCGCUGGUCCAGACGUUCAUUGACCUGGGCGCAGUGCCGUUCUGCAAGACCAACGUGCCGCAGACCAUGCUAAGUUUCGGCUGCAGUAACCCGGUGUGGGGCGUCACGACCAACAUCCGUGACCCGGCGCGGGUGCCGGGCGGCUCGUCGGGCGGCGAGGCCGUCCUGGUGGCCGCCGGCGGCUCGCCGCUCGGCCUGGGCUCCGACAUUGGCGGCAGCGCGCGCGUGCCGGCGCUCUUCAGCGGCUGCUGCGGCUUCAAGCCCACCUGCGGACGCGUCAGCUCCAGCGGCCUGCGAUCGGUGAUGCCGGCUACCACUGGCAUCCGCACCACCGUCGGCUUCCUGGCCCGCGAGCCGUCCGACGUGCGGCGCGUGCUGCGUCUCAUCACCACGCCGCUGCCCGGCGCCGACAUGUACCGACUGGACCCGCUGCUGCCCAGGGUCCUCUGGAACGAAACGCUGGAGUCUGCGGGCCGUCCGUGGCGCGUGGGCUACCUGUCGGAGCUGCCGUUCUGUCCGGUGACGCCCGGCGUGCGGCGCGUGAUCACUGAGACGGUGUCGGCGCUGGAGGCGGCCGGCAUGGAGCUGGUCCCGUUCCAGCUCGACUGCGGGCCGGCCGAGGCCCAGCUGUUCAUGGAGACCGUCCAGCCCGACAACGGCGCCCACCUCCUCCGAGCGGUGGCUGACGAGGAGGUGGACGUGUGUAUCGGCACGCUGAUCACGCUGCUGAAGCUGCCCCACUGGCUGCGGCGCCUGCUGCGCUGGGCCACCGACAGACACUUCCGCUACCUGCCCACACGGCUCAGAGCGUGGACGGCCGACCCGGAGCAGGCGGUAGUGUUGCGCGCCGCUCAGGAUCAGUACGUGCAGCGCACCGUCACCAGGUGGCGCGCGGCGCGACUCGACCUGCUGCUGCUGCCCGGCUUCGCCUGCCCGCCGCCGCCCCGCCACAGGGUCUCCGAGCUGAUCAUGGGCGGCCUGUACACGAUGCUUAUGAACAUGCUGAACUUCCCGGCGGGGAUCCUGACGGUGGACCGCGAGACGGAGGAGGACCAGGCCGCGCUCGAGCAUUACCCCACGCCCAGCGUCGAGCUACAGUGGUUCAAGGACGCGUCCCGCGGCGCGCUGGGCCAGCCGCUCGGCGUCCAGGUGGCCGCCCUGCCCUGGAUGGAGGAGCAGCUCCUGGCCGGCAUGUGCGACAUAGAGCGCGCCAUCGAAAAACACUACCGCAAAACGUGAACCCGCCGCCCCGCCACAGUGAACCCGGGAUCACCACGGACAGACCCUGACACACUCGCACUGACCAGUACUUGUAGAUAGUAGCUAGAGCCCAUAGACAGGACACCACGUGUAGAAAAAAGCGUCUUCCGUGCGGCCUGCUGGAGAGAAGCCUUUCCGUUCCGGGGCGCAGGGAACUGGCGAGAAUGAGAGCAGCAUAUCACUUUGGUCAGCGUAGUUAGAUUUCAACAGAAAGGGGUUCCUGAAUGUUACGCCGCGCCUAAGCCAUGAAGGAUUUUUGCUAGGGCGACGUGGUAGUUAACCGUGCAUUUCCGCAUGGCGCUUUGGCCCUGCUAGAAGGCUGUUAGGGUGUUGGGAUUAAAUACUAUGUGACUGCCACUCUGGGUUGGCCUGGGGAUUUUCGUGUCACAAUAUCAGCUGCUCGACGGCUGAGCAGCGGUGCCUUCGAGCUUAUCACAAUGUGACGGCUAUGUGACACUAACGCUUUGGGUGGUUUGAAACGCCUUUUAAGAUGUUAACCUGGCAAACAGUGCCUUAUUUUCAUGCUUGUGUACCGAUGUUGCGAUGCAUCUGAUGCUUCAUGGUAGUAGUGGUGCAUUUCGUUCUCCAGGGUAGGUACUUAAAAAGAACAGGAACUUGAAACAAUGCUUUAGGAAAGAACCUAGUGACCGAAUACAACGGAAACCGA